CAAUUCCGCCUGCCGCUCACCAAGUUGCGCUUUCUUUCUGCGAGCGUUUCGUCAAAAUACCGGAUAAAUCAUGAGCAAAUGAAAGCACUAUUUUCGUAUUUUAAAGACACACUUUCAAACGCACUCUCAGGAUGUCACUUCGGACCAGUUCGGGAUUUUAUCGCCAGGAUAUAAACAGGACCGUUUGGGACGUGCCGACGAGAUAUGGCGAUCUCAUCCAAAUAGGAACCGGAGCGUACGGAACGGUUUGUUCAGCCACUGACCGCAAGACAGGAGUGCGUGUGGCCAUCAAAAAGCUCCACCGGCCGUUCCAGUCCAGAUUGUUCGCCAAACGGGCUUACAGAGAGCUACGACUGCUCAAGCACAUGAAACAUGAGAAUGUUAUUGGGCUGCUGGAUGUCUUUACCUCAGAAAUCUUGUUGGACAGAUUUCAGGACUUUUACCUGGUGAUGCCGUUUAUGGGCACUGAUCUGGGGAAGUUGAUGAAGAUGGAGAGACUUUCAGAAGACAGGGUGCAGUUUCUGGUCUAUCAGAUAUUGAGGGGACUGAAGUAUAUUCAUUCAGCUGGGAUCAUUCACAGGGAUCUCAAACCAGGAAAUUUGGCAGUGAACCAGGACUGUGAGCUGAAGAUCUUGGACUUUGGGCUUGCACGUCAGACAGAUUCAGAAAUGACAGGUUAUGUGGUGACUCGCUGGUACAGAGCGCCAGAAGUUAUCCUCAACUGGAUGCAUUACUCACAAACAGUUGAUAUCUGGUCGGUGGGCUGCAUCAUGGCAGAGAUGUUGCUUGGAAGGCCACUUUUUAAAGGAAAUGACCACCUGGACCAGCUAAGAGAAAUCAUGAAAAUCACAGGAACACCAGCGCCAGAUUUCAUCAUGAAGCUACAAAGCCAAGAUGCCAAAAACUACCUCAGAGGUCUACUUAAAGUACCAAAGAAGGACUUAAACACAAUUUGCUGUAAAGCCAGCUCAGAGGCUGUGAGUGCUCUCGAGCGAAUGCUAGUUCUGGAUCCAGAGAAACGUGUGAGUGCUGCAGAAGCCCUAGAGCUCCCUCAGUUUACUGAGUUCAGAGAACCAGAGGAAGAGACGGAGGCCCUACCAUACGACCACUCCAUGGACAACACAGAACUGCUUCUGGAGCAGUGGAAACGUCACACUUUUACAGAGAUCUUGACGUUCCAGCCACCCAUCACUGAGAUCAAAGACUCCAAAGAAACAUCUCUGUGAAUGGACACAGAUGCAAAAACACACAAGACACACUGUAAAACCAAGAGCCAUAUGUGUGUGUGUGUGUGUGUGUGUGUGACUGAGAGAGAGAGAGAGAGAGAGAGAGAGAUUUAAGAGAGAGAUUUUUUUAAGUGAUUUAAUAUGCCAAAUCUGUUUUUCCUGCAACAAAAAAAUAGUCUGUCCAAUACAUACACCAACAGUAUUAUGUAUUUGUAUGCUAGUCUUAAAAUGCUUUAAAUGGGCCAGUAUGCCUAUUUUUUAUUUUUAUUUAAUUCACUGAACAGUUCUUCACUUCAAAUAUUCAUGUUUUGGAGUACAAUGUAUGUAAUGUUUAAUAUUAAAAGAUUGUACAGAGUCAUGGUUAGAACUUCUUUAUAAUAAAACC